AUGGAAGAGAAAAGAGUUAUUUAUAGGAUUGAAGGUCCAGUUUUUAUCAUCACGUUGAACGAUCCAAGACAUUUAAAUUCAUUGACAUUCGAUGAUUUCGUAGAAAUUGCUCUUCUAUUAGAAAAGGCAGAUAAUGACCCCAAAAUAUUCAUUACUGCGUUACAAAGUACUGCUGAUUUCUUUUCUUCUGGUGGAAAAUUUAGUACUGUUUUAGAUUCAAGGCCAGCAAAUGAUAACGAAAUCAAUGGAGCAUCAAAAGUUUCUCAGAUGAUUGGUGUAAUCUCUUCACCCAACGUUUUUGUUGCGGACACCUUCAGGAAACAUAGAAAAUUGUUAGUUUGUUGUUUGAAUGGUCCAGCUGUUGGCCUCAGUGCCUGUUUGGUUAUGUUAUGUGAUAUAGUUUAUUGCAAGAAUGAUUCUGUUUAUUUACUUUUCCCUUUCACAAAUUUAGGUUUCAGUGCCGAAGUGGGGAGUUCAGUCACAUUAGCGAAAAAAAUUGGAAUAAAUAAAACGAACGAACAUUUAAUUUUCAGUAAACCUUUAACAUAUGAGGAUUUAAAGGGGAAAGUUCUUAAUUAUAACUACGUAAUGAAGGAUACUGAUGAAUUUAACAAAAAAGUAGUUCUUGAUUUACAGAAAAAGUUGAAAGGUACGAAUAUUUCAUUAAAUAAUUUGAAAGCGAUGAAAACUCAAAUUCGGGACAAUUCUGGAUAUGGAACCAGCCUUCUUCAAUCACAAGCUUUAGAAACCAUGGCAACAUUCCCAUUUUGGAUGGAAGGUGAACCUUUUAAAAGGUUCCAACAAAUGCAAAAGAAGGAAAGAAAACAUAAACUAUAA